AUGAUCGAUAAUGCAGUUUUAAUAAAACAGGGCGCUGAAGCGCGCAUCUAUAUCGCCCCUUUCUUGACACGAAAAGCAAUAGUAAAGGAGCGGUUCUCUAAAUCCUAUCGACAUCCGAUUCUCGAUAAAAAAUUGACAGCACGUCGCGUUACUCAGGAAGCAAGAUGUCUACACAAAUGUCGACGUUCCGGGUUAGAUACACCUGUCGUGUAUUUUGUUGACAUAGAGAAUAAUACAAUCUACAUGGAGUAUGUGGAAGGGAAGACUGUCAGGGAUAUUUUGCGGGAGCAAAGUGAUGAUGAGUCGUUUAAAUCGAAAAAUGAUGAAAUGGCAAAUAAAAUUGGAAUGGCAUUAGCAAACAUGCACGUGGCAGAUGUAAUUCAUGGUGAUUUGACGACUUCGAAUCUUCUAAGUCGGGAUCCUACAGGAUCUUUGGUGGUGAUAGAUUUUGGAUUGAGCUACGUGUCGAUAUUACCAGAGGACAAAGCGGUUGAUUUGUAUGUACUUGAACGUGCUUUUAUGAGUACUCAUCCAAACUCGGAGACUAUGUUUGCAUCAAUUCUUGAAACUUAUAGAAAGAAAUACAAGGAUUCCGGUCCUGUAAUAAAUAAAUUAGAAGAAGAGGCAGAAAACGAAGUAUGA